CCGCCGUGCUCUAUAAAUAGCGGUACCGGCGGGCCGGGCGGCGGGGCCGGGCCGUGCGGGACCCGCGGGGCCAGACUCUUGGUGACCUGAUGUGCUGAGUUGUUUAUCCUGCUCUUUCCUGGCAGCCUUAAGUGCUCCUGUGCCUGGACCGCGGCACCAUGUCGGCAGAAAAGCUCAAGCAGCACAAAAUCAUCUUUGUGGUGGGUGGCCCUGGCUCAGGGAAGGGGACACAGUGUGAGAAGAUCGUGCAGAAGUAUGGCUACACCCACCUCUCCACGGGGGACCUGCUGCGGGCAGAGGUCAGCUCGGGCUCGGAGCGGGGCAAGAAGCUGCAGGCCAUCAUGGAGAAGGGAGAGCUGGUGCCCCUGGACACGGUGCUGGACAUGCUGCGGGACGCCAUGGUGGCCAAAGCAGACGUGUCCAAGGGCUUCCUGAUCGACGGAUACCCCCGCGAGGUGAAGCAGGGAGAGGAGUUUGAAAAGAAGAUCGCGCCCCCCACGCUGCUGCUCUACGUGGAUGCGGGGAAGGACACAAUGGUGAAACGCCUGCUGAAGCGAGGAGAGACCAGCGGGAGGGUGGAUGACAACGAGGAGACCAUCAAGAAGCGUUUGGAGACCUACUACAAGGCCACUGAGCCUGUCAUUGCCUUCUACCAGAGCAGAGGCAUCGUCCGCCAGCUCAACGCCGAGGGCUCUGUGGAGGAGGUUUUCCAGCAGGUCUGCACCCACCUCGACUGCCUGUAACCAAACCCCCAGCCCCAAAUCCCCCCGGUGCACUCCAGCAGAGACAGCGGAAGCGGCUUUAUCCUGUUUUCGUGGACGGAGCCGUGCGGAGGAAAUUUCAAGGACAUUGUGUUUGGCUCUUUCCCGUCUCUCCCCAGUAAAGUUCACUUUAAUGAA